CUAGAAUCUAGAUCUAGAUCUAUAUCUAGAUACCAGUGAAGAAUCUUUGGUUAAAGGGAAGGGGCAACUGGAUUAGAUUAGUGUAGAUCUUGAGACUCAAGGAAGGAUUUAUAGUGAAAAUGGUGUGCUUCAUGCCACUGUUUUUUGUUCGUCAAGGUUGGCCACUCUUUGCUCGCCUUUUUCAUAAACCCACCCUGGGGUGAUGUCAGUUGAUUUCAGAGUAAAGGGAGACCAUUUUACCGGUUGUGGGCCUUAACAUGGGUCACUGUAGAUUCUUCCUUUGGUGCGUUAGCUAAGAUCCCAUUCAUCUAAGAUUCCCUAUUCUUGCUCCAGAGCACCGGGAUCUUAGGCGGAGACUAUAUUGUAAUAAAAAUGUAUGUAUGCAUAUCGAGGGGCCAUUACUCUUAGGUCGCUUCAAUAAAUCCUUUCUUCGUCACUUACCAAGUUCACAGGCUCACUCCCCUACUUCUUGUGAUAACACGCCGCUACUACAUGAUACAUCGCAACCCAGGCCUUCCGAGAUCUCAACCCAUGCGGCCUGGCAACUGGCUGGCAUGAUGAAACUUGUUGACCCGUGUAGGAAGAGAUACAGGAGGAUUAGAAACUGAGAGAUCUCUGAUGGUGGAGGCUGUGCUCAUUAAGAACAUUUUGUCUGUGUGUGUGUGGUGGUGGUGGUGGUGGCUUUUGGAAAGCAACGAACGAUUCCUCCUUUCUUCAGAAUUCAGAGAUAUUCCGUUGAGAGGUUGAGAUAAUUGGCAAGCGUCUUUUUCGAGGAUUGUGUCAACUGAAGCUGCCGCUGCUGUUGGAGGAGUAGUAAGUAAGAGGAACAGCAGCACCAAUACAGCAUCGAGAACAGCAGUAUGUCGGUGUCUGAGGAUUGCCUGCAGGGAUUCUGUGAUGACCCCUUCUGGGACGUGAACCUGACCUGGUACCAGACAUGGCCGCAGAUGACGUCAUGCUUCCAGGACACGGUGCUGGUGUGGGUGCCGUGCGGCUUCCUGUGGCUGGCAGCUCCCUUCUACACAGCUCACCUGGCCGGUGUCCCCAGCGCGGGCCGCGGGGCCAGCUUCACGCCGCUGUUUGUGGCCAAACUGGCUGGUCUUGUCUUGCUGCUGAUGAUGUCAGUUGUGGAUGUGGUCAGUGCCAUCAACGAAAACGACCGUCAGGGAAUCAGCCUGCUCAAGGCUAACGUUUUUGCUGCUGCUCUGCUGUCAGUCACACUUUUGUUGGCACUUCUUUUUGUGAUAGCAGAACGGAGGAAAAGAUUUGUCACCUCAGGCGUGAUGUUUAUAUUCUGGCUGCUGCUCACCAUCUGCAACAUUGUGCCAUUCUACUCUUACAUUGAGGAACAGAUUUACGACUCUGACGUGUUUGAGUUCUCCAUAUUCUACAUCCAGUUUGCCUUCAUCGUCACACAGCUGUUGCUGCACUGCUGGGCAGAGAAGCCUGUGCUCACAUACGCUUCCCCUAAAAAACCAAGCCCAGAGUUAGGCGCUUCUUUUCCAUCGCGACUGACUUUCUGGUGGCUUAAUAAGUUGAUGCUGCAAGGCUACAAAACACCCAUCACCGAGUCAGUCAUGUGUGACCUUCACCCUCGGGAUAAGUGCGAGUCUGUUGUCCCUCGCUUCCUACAGCGCUGGAUAUAUGCUGUCAGGCUAAAAAAAGUCAAGACAGCUGUUCGGUCACAAAUGCAAGUGAAUUCCUUCUACUCAGGCAACGUCAAUGCCGAACCAGUGUCAGAACGAACUCCUCUGAUCCGAGGACAGCCCAACGGUUCCUUGUCUUCAGAGAACCAAAAGUCCACAAAGGUUAAGAGGAAAAAGUCUGGUCCAUCGCUGGUUGGUGUUCUGUUCAAAACCUUUUGGAUGGAGUACUUUCUGAGCCAGAUCUGGAAGCUUUUCUACGAUGUUCUUGUCCUGUGCAAUCCAUUGCUUCUAGGUGAGCUGGUCACCUUUGUCCAAGACCCCAAGGAACAAGCCUGGAAGGGUUACAUCCUAGCCCUGGGCCUCUUCUUCUCCACUUGCCUGCAGACCCUGCUCUUCCACCAGGUGUUCCACCUGUCCACCUCGCUGGGCCUGAGGAUACGCGCCUCUGUCAUCUCCUCCGUCUUCAGAAAGGCCCUGACCAUGGACAACGCGGCACGUAAAGAGUCAACGAUCGGCGAAGUUGUCAACCUGAUGUCAGUGGACGCGGAGCAUCUGGAGAACAUCAUGAGCUACCUGUGGGCCAUCUGGUCGAGCCCGCUACAGAUCUUGGUCUCUCUCUACCUGCUCUACGACACAGUCGGUUUGUCCAUGUUUGCCGGGGCUGCUUUCCUCAUCUUCCUCAUCCCGGCCAACGGCGUCAUCACGGCCAAACUGGGCACCUUGCAGACACAGCUGAUGGCGUGCAAAGACGAGAGGAUGAAGGUCAUGAACGAGCUACUCAGUGGGAUCAAGAUUGUGAAGCUGUUUGCGUGGGAGAAGAGCUUUAAGCGGCGCGUUCUGGAAGUCCGAGACGCGGAGUUGAGCAAGCUGAGGACGGGAGCUUUGUUGACAGCCAUCUUGACCUUCUCCUGGACUGCUGCCCCUUUUGUGGUUUCUCUGCUGACCUUCCUGUGCUACGUGUUCACCUCAAACGAUCACUAUCUGGACCCCAAAAAGGCCUUUGUGGCCAUUUCUCUCUUUGACAUCCUUCGCUAUGCAAUCAACUUUGCCCCCAUGAUUGUCUCUGAUUUAAUCAAAGCGGUCAUAUCUGCUCGUCGUAUCGGUCACUUCCUGUAUCAUGAUGACCUGGACAAGAACAGUGUCUCUCACUUUGAGAAUGCAGAGCAUGCAAUUACAAUCACAAAUGGAAGCUUCAGUUGGAAUGAAGAAACUGGAGAAACUUUGAAGAACAUUAAUGUGAAGAUACCUGACGGUGAGCUGGUGGCUGUUGUGGGCACGGUGGGUAGCGGCAAAUCAUCGCUGCUGGCAGCCAUGUUGGGGGAUCUGGACAAGACGGAGGGCUCUGUCAAUGUCAGGGGUACUCUGGCGUAUGUGCCGCAGCAGGCGUGGAUUCAGAAUGACACGGUGCGCAACAACAUCCUGUUUGGGCGGCCCAUGGACAAGGCUCUGUACGACCGCUGUGUGGAGGCCUGUGCCUUGACCCCGGACCUGGACAUCCUGCCCGCCGGUGACCUCACAGAGAUUGGCGAGAGGGGCAUUAAUCUAUCGGGUGGUCAGAAGCAACGCGUGUCGUUAGCGCGGGCUGUGUACUCUCAGGCGGACGUGUACCUUCUGGAUGACCCACUCAGUGCUGUGGACUCACACGUCGGUCGACACAUCUUUGAUCACGUCAUGGGGCCCUCAGGCAUGCUUCACAGCAGGGUGCGGGUGUUGGUGACCCACGGCAUCCAGUACUUGCCGUACACUGACCAUGUCAUUGUGGUGACCGGCGGCCGAGUGUCCGAGGCGGGCCACUACGAGAAACUGUUGACCCACAAUGGGCCGUUUGCUCAGGUCAUUCGCAUGUUCCUGGCACAGGGGGAUGGCAACGAGAACGCCAACAGUGAUGAAAUUGAGGUCCUGAAGCGUGAAGUCCUAAGAAGACUGUCAGAGACGGAAGAUGAUGAUGACGGCGAGGUUAUCGUGAAGGAUGCGAGAGACAUCCUCAGGCAGCUCUCAGUGACUUCACACUCAUCGGAAAAGAAAGAAAACAAAAAGGAAGAGACCCCCAAUCAUGUUAUGCUGCGUCAACAAAGUCAUCAAGCUACUCUUAUUGAGGAAGAGACAGUUGGCACUGGCACAGUGAAGAUGGGUGUGUUCAGGGAGUACGCCCGCUCAGUUGGCUACUUCUCCGUUUUUAUCAUUGUGCUGCUCUACGCCUGCUACUCCGGGUCUGACCUAGGAUCACUGAUCUUUCUGAGCUCAUGGACGGAUGACCUUGACCUUGCCAAUUUCACUCUGAUGCCGAGUAACAGCUCGGAGCGUUCUGAUAGGAACAACUUCUACAUCGGCAUCUACGGCUUGUUUGGUGUUUUGCAGACCAUUUUCAUUAUGGCGUUUGCGGUGACUCAGAGCUUGCGUGCAGUCCAUGCGUCGCGGGUACUACACAGCUCCAUGCUGUCCCGUGUUUUGCGUGCUCCGAUGGCCUUCUUCGACACCACCCCUGUCGGACGCAUCAUGAACCGAUUUUCCAAGGACAUGGACGACGUGGAUGAGGAGAUUCCGAUGACGUUUGUCAUGUGGGUGGACUGCAUCUUCAUGGUUCUGUCCACCAUCGUGGUCAUCUCGUACAGUACCCCGCUCUUCCUGGCCUUCAUGUUACCUGUGGCUCUUCUUUACUUCUUUGUCCAGAGGUUUUACAUUGCAACGUCACGUCAGCUGAAGAGAUUAGAGUCGAAGACACGCUCCCCGAUAUUCAACCACUUCAGUGAGACCCUGACAGGCGCAAGUGUGAUUCGAGCUUUUGGCGCAGAGAAUCGGUUUGUUCUAGAGUCGGAAUCCAAGGUGGACUCGAACCAGAUCUUCUCCUUCUCCAACUUUUGUGUAAACAGGUGGCUUGGCAUUCGUCUCGAGUUUGUGGGCAACAUCAUCCUUCUUCUGGCAGCAACCAUCGCCGUGGCAACCAAAGACUCCAUCACAGGUGGUGUCAUGGGAUUGUCCAUCACUUAUGCAUUAUCUAUUACAGAGAACUUGAACUGGCUGGUGCGUAUGACAGGAGAUUUAGAGACCCAGAUAGUGUCAGUGGAGAGGAUAAAGGAAUAUACUGAGCUGACCACUGAGGCCGCCUGGGAAUGUUUUUCACAUCGCAGUCCCUUGGGGUGGCCUCAAGAAGGUCACAUCAAGUUUGAAAACCUCAGCCUACGUUACAGAGAUGGCCUUGACCUUGUGCUAAAGGCGGUCAGUUUUGAUGUACAGCCAGGAGAGAAGGUUGGUAUAGUCGGCCGAACAGGAGCAGGUAAAUCUUCCCUGACCUUGGCCUUAUUCCGUCUAGUGGAACCAGCAGGUGGUCGUAUCCUCAUUGAUGGAAUCGACAUUGGUACCCUCGGCCUGCAUGAUCUCAGGGCGAAGGUCACAAUAUUGCCCCAGGAUCCCGUCAUCUUCGCGGGCUCUCUCCGCAUGAAUCUGGACCCAUUCGAGGAGUACGGGGAACACGCGCUGUGGACGGCGCUAGAGCACGCUCACCUCAAGGACUUUGUGGAGGGUCUUCCCAACAAGCUGGAGCAUGAGUGUGGGGAGGGAGGGGAGAACCUCAGUGUUGGUCAGAGACAGCUACUGUGCCUGGCCCGGGCGUUGCUGCUGAAGACGAAGAUUCUGAUCCUGGACGAAGCUACGGCCGCCGUCGAUAUGGAGACGGAUGAAGUGAUACAGACCACCAUACGAGAGGAGUUCAGCCACUGCAGCAUCCUCACCAUUGCUCACAGACUCAAUACGGUUAUGGACUAUGACAAGAUCUUGGUGCUGGACAAGGGAGAGGUGAUGGAGUUUGACAAUCCCCAGAUUCUGCUCCAGAGACCUGACAGUCUCUUCUACAGCAUGGCGGAGUCAGCCGGCCUGGUAGGGGCCUCUGGGUCAAGGUCGUGAUUGGUUGGGGCUGAUGAUGUGGCGGUGGGGGAGGGGGAGGAAUUUCGGGAAUGAACGGACUGCUUAGGUAUUUUUUUUUGUUCUGUGUCCUGAUUUUGGUGCCAAUAUUUGUACGUUAUGUAAAAUUGUGCCAACGUGGUGGAGAUUGAUAGGCUUCAAGAAAAACAAAACACGAGAAAGGGGAAUUAUUUGGUCUGUGAUAAUGAUGAUGGUGGGGUAUAGGUAUUGAUUGGUUCCAGUAUGAGUGUGGCAGAGGGGAAGGAAAGGCUUUUUUAAAAAGGGGAAGGAUUGCGGGUGGUAGUCUUGGAUCUGAUUAGAGCCAACAUGAAGUAUGAGGCAUGCAAUAGAGAGCCUUGGGAGGAGGAGAAACUGAUCGGAGCUAGCGCAAGUUUUAGACUGAGGAUUAUACACCACUUUGGAGAUUGUGAUAAACAAAGGUUUUGAUCCAUCCUCCAUGCAGUUGUGGAGAAUAACCACCUUUCUUCAGAGCAGCUUUUGAACAUAUUUAUUCUUGUCCAGAGUCCUUUUAGAAGCACUGAGGAAAAAGGUAGUUAACUCUGAGCCCUUUGAUUCAACAUUUGCUCUAAAGCUCGCUAGAUGCGCAUUUGGAUGAAGGGGGAUAAAAGUAUUGUAUACUGAGGUGUGCCUUUAGAGUGCAAAAGAUGGAACAAGGCCUGUUUUCAAUGUGCAAAAGAAGGAAAGUAGCGCUCACUGCAGCGGGCAUUUAAAGUGCACUGGUCGUUUUGUAGAGAUCUUUGCUCAAAUCUCUCAUUUGCACAUUACUUAGGGUUCCAAUUUUUUAGCAAAUUUCAGGGUUCAACUAAACCGGUUCUGUAAAACAUGUUUCAUAACUGAUAUUUGGCCAUUAAUGGCUUGCUUUACGAACAUGAUGUUUAUAUAUCCUUGAGAGUACAAUCUACUUCUAUGAAUGUCGCUUUAUCAACUUUAUGUAGAUAUUGCCUCUUGCCUCUAAAUCUCACCCGCACUUUUUGGGGUGAAGUGAAAAGCCACAACUUUCCCAAAGCAUUUAUGAUUUUAUGCAUCUGUUAUUUUAAAUUUGUUUUCCUGGCAUCGAACAGUAGGCUUUUAUUUUGAUGACUUUGACAUGUUGUAUCGUUAACAGUGCCCUGCUUAAGAACAAUAAGUAAAUGUACAUAUAUUUGAAAAUAUAGAACAAGUUCAUUUGAUGUCAUUGAGUCAUUUGACUGAACAUUCUUGGAAACAGAAGGAAAGACUGACACAAGAUUGUGAUGGCUACAUGACUAGAACUAGAAAGAGCAUGUAUGCAAAAGGCCAAUAGCAGAAAUGUAAAGUAAGUUCUAUAUUAUAGGGGUCAUUUUAAGGCUGAAUUGAAAAUGUUGACUGAAGGCCACAAUGAUAAGACAAUCAAAUUCAUGAACUUGAAAUUCAUGAGUGAAUUUUUAUCGAGUAUCUCGCUCCUUCUGUUAAGACAUUGUAGGCCUCUGAGCCUGGGUUGGCCCUGACUGGCAAAGUCAAAAUAUAUUCACUUCCUUCUUGAUCUAAAUUGUGUCAAUGAGAAUGCGAAAAACAGCUACACUGAAAAAA